AUGGCAAGAUACAGCCAGGAGACCCUUUGGACAGAAAAGGAAUAUGUCCUCUUCUAUGGCAGAACAUCCCUUUUCCCAGGCUCUGGGUAUACACACCAAGUCAAUGCGUAUCCUCCUUCAGCAAGUGUGAAAUCAGACGAGUUGCAAACAAUCAAGAAGGAAUUAACCCAAAUCAAAACAAAAAUUGACUCCUUGCUAGGGAGACUGGAAAAGAUUGAAAAGCAGCAAAAAGCUGAAGCAGAAGCUCAAAAGAAACAAAUGGAAGAUAAUGCUGAUUUGAUUCAAGAGGAAUGCAUAUCAGAGAAUGCAGAUAAUUCUACGGAAGAGCCAAUUGAAGGAGGGCCAGAUGCAGAUGGGGAUGGAGAAGAUAUGACUGAUGGGAUAGAGGAGGAUUUUGAUGAGGAUGGCAGCAAUGAGCUGGUAAGGAAUAAUCAUGCCAUGAUUAUAUCUGUCUAUACAGUUGCUACAA